GUGAACUGUAUAUUCCUGUUAUUGCUAUUACGAGUGCUGUGUAUCAAAGCCUCGUCAACAAUGGGUCCCCAAUACUCCAAUUCGGGACACAUUAACAAUUCAGGCGCCGGCGGGGGAGUCAUCACUCGCCAGAGUAUUGUCGUCUCACUUCGGGCCGCAAUACUAUUGCUCCCACUCUAUGGCCUACACUAUCUCUUCGUCGUCUACAGGCCUAACAUCGAAGUAUUGUCGUCUCACUUCGGGCCGCAAUACUAUUGCUCCCACUCUAUGGCCUACACUAUCUCUUCGUCGUCUACAGGCCUAACAUCGAGUAAGACUUUGAGCUGUUGGUUUUCAGAAGUGUAUCACUAUUUAACGCUAACACUCGACGGUCUACAGGGAUGUGCCGUUUCUAUCAUAUUCUGUUUUGCCAACCAUGAGAUAUCUCAGUAUCUCUUGAGACGAUCGUUAGAAAGGGUGAGCACAAGAGGACAGAGGAGUACAACCAUUUACAUGACGGAAGUGGUAUCUCUUGAGACGAUCGUUAGAAAGGGUGAGCACAAGAGGACAGAGGAGUACAACCAUUUACAUGACGGAAGUGGUGGGCACUAACCACAACUGACCAAAUAAUACAUGUUUAUAAUUGAUAAUCAUUUUUGCAUUCAAUAUUUU